AUGACGCUGUCGAUCCAGGAGGCCUACUCCACGCUGGGGGUGACCCGCGACGCGUCGGCCGAGGAGGUCAAGAAGGCGUACCGCAAGAUGGCGCUGCAGUUCCACCCGGACAAGAACUCGGACCCGGCGGCCACCGCCCAGUUCCAGCAGCUCUCGGCCGCCUACAAGCGCGUGGACGACCACCUGAAGCGCGGCGGGUCACGGGCCCACGACGGGUUCGAGGGCCUGUUCGGCAGCGAAGACGAGGACGAGGACGAGGACGAUGAGGCGUUCGACUUGGGCGGGAUGCCGACCAUGGAGGAGAUGCUCUUCAUGUUCGACGUGCUCUUCGGAGCGCCCCCGCCGCCGCCGGCCAAUCGCCGCGAGCGACGCAGGAUGGCCAAGAAAGGGGGAGGCGUGCGCGUCAACAUUGGACGCAGAGGCGGCCGCGGCCAGGGCUUCCCGUCCUACAUGGAGCAGGAGCUCAUGGACAUGUUCGCCCGCGGCAUGAUGUUCGACGACGACCUGUCGGAGGACGAGUUCGAAGCCUUCUUCGGACGCUCGGGGAUGGGCUUCGGCGUGCGGAGCCCGAGGGAGGACAAGAAGCCGAAGAAGAAGAAGAAGGCUGCCCAACCUGACGAGGAGAUGAAGCCCAGCUCGGCGAAAGCGAGCCCCACGACGAAGAAGAACCGCGCCAAGAAGAGCCCGAAGCCCGCUCCGACGAUCGGGAGCAAGGUCUGCAUUAACGGCAAGCACGCGGGGGUGGUCAAGUUCAAGGGCCAUGUUCACUACGCAAAGGGCGAGUUUGUGGGCGUGGAGCUGAGCUCUCCGAUCGGGAAGAACGACGGCUCUAUCAAGGGGGUGCGCUACUUCGAGUGCUCGCCCAGCCACGGCCUCAUGGUGCGUCCCAACGACGUCACCCUAGCUGCGUGA